AAACGGUUUCAUUCCUUUGUCGUUCGAUUCGCGGAUCGUUCAUCACAGAUUGUAGGACCUGGGAAGACUGAAAAAGCGUAAAUGAAGCCGUUUACAUGUAAACUGAAAGCGUUGAUUAGUGUAUUUCCGUGAAUAUCUUUUCAUUGAGCGAUCCCGUGCGAUUUCAUGCAGAAUAAGUAGACUCCGAAGGAAGCCGUCGAAACAAUCCGACCGAAAUUAUCUGAAAAUGUUGUCUCCUCGAGAUCGAGCGAUGAGUCAGACUUCGCCAUUCAAGACUCCGAUGUCAUUCAAGCCUGACUCGAAACACAAGCCUUCGCCAUCAAGGAAAGAUUUGUGGAAAGCGGAACUAGGACUCGAUGAUGAUGAUUCGUCUCCUGAAGACGGGCAGUCCUCGAGUGGGGAUGAAGAGUUAGAGCCCGAGGCUGAUCAGUUGUCUAGUCGAGGUGAAUUGAAAAAUAAUCAGGCACUGUACUAUGCACAGCGUCUUUAGAACGUUGCGUAAUUAAUUUAAAAGCUGGAUUCAGUAUUCCCUUACUUAUAAGUCAAAUUCCAGCAUGGAUGAUUUCUGCCACCUGUUGCGUUUCUGUUAUCGAGUGAUUUAUGAUCUGUCGUUCAAAGGCUUCAGUUAGUCUCCUGGAGAAAUGUUUCAAUGUCAAUAUCUUCAGCCCUGUCGUUUUGAGAUCUGUUGUUCCGCUUUGAACAAUAUUAUUAAUUAAUUUGUAUUUCGCUGUGGGAACAUUUUUUAUGUAAAGCUUGGAUUUAAAUUUUAAU